UCUUUAAAAGACGUUUAGAUGUAGAGCUUAGGGAUAUGGUUUAGUGGAGGACUGGUUAGUGUUAGGUCAGAGGUUGGACUCGGUGAUCUUGGAGGUCUCUUCCAGCCUGGAUGAUUCUGUGACUCUCUGAUCUCUGCUCCGUCACCGAGGUGCCCAGUGACCAAGUGACCAGGACCAGCCCCUGCAGGCAGCCCGGUGCUGUGUGCCCCUCGUUGCACUGAGGCUGCUGCUGGGAAUGGCACAUGGGGCUGCAUCACCAGCCGUGCUGAAAACAAGUUUCAAGUGGUUUUUUUUUGAGUUUUGAGUUUUUUGCCUCUCUGACUGCAAAGCCCAGUCACCAGAUGGAGAAGGAAGUGGGAUUGGUUUGACAGAACUUGACUGUGACAAACUGGUGCUGGCUGUUCCCCCCUUCCCUCCGUGCCCCCUGGCUGGCGAUGCUGCCCCCAUCCCCUGCGGGGUAAGGAGAUGCUAACCCCCCUGUGGCAUGGUGUGGACAUGUGCCAGCAGCUCCCCAGCCCUGGAUGGUGCUGCAAGGCAAGGUGGGUCCGUGCAGAGCUGCGAGAGGCAGCGUGGGGUGGGAUGGAGCCGGAGCCGCUGCCUGGUGCCCCAUGCUCCGACGUGCCAGCAAGGACACGGGUGUUACAGAACACCCAGCAGCCUGCCCAGCCCCGAGCAGGGGCCUCCCUACUUUCUCGGGGUUGUUUUUCUUCCCACCCCAGCCUCCCGGCGUGCCGGUAGCCACAAGGGCAGGACGUGCCGCCUAUCUGAUGGGAGCAGUCUCUCUUGGCACUGCGGCUGGCGGCGCAGGGGCCGCGGCACGGUGGUUUUGGGCACGGGGAAGUGCCGGCGAUGGGGCGGGGGGAGCCUCCAGCCAGGCUUCCUGAGCAGCACAGCCGACACUUCCCAGAUAAAGGUAUCGCCCCGAGGAGCCGCAGCAGCAGCCGGGGCGCUGGGAAGCACCGAGCACGGCACGCGGGAUGGUGGUGGCCUGCCUGCCCCGGGGCUGGCUGCCUGUGCUGCUCACCAUGGUCCUGCUGAGCCUCCGCAGCCCCACGGUGGCCCCUGAGCUGGUGACAUCCCAAGACGCUGCGCUGCUGGAGGAGGUGCGCGAGGACAUCCUCUGCUUCUCCCGCUCCUUCGAGGACCUCACGUGCUUCUGGAAUGAGGAAGAAGAGGCGAGCGGGAUGAGCCACUUCUACUACUGGUACAGCAGGGACGUGCCCACAGUGUGCGCAGUCUCCACACAGCGCCGCGAGGCCGGCGGGACGCGGCACGUCUGCGCCUUCCCCAGCCAGGACGUGCGGCUCUUCGCCCAGCUCCACGUCCUCGUCCUGGACGCCGCCACCAACCAGACCAGGCACCAGCGGGAGCUCAGCGUGGACGUGGUGGGUCUCAUCGGCCCCCCGGUGAACAUCAGUGCCCGCUGGGCCGGAGCCACGGGGCAGCUCCACGUGUCGUGGCAGACACCACUCCCUGACUACCCAAACUUCUUCCUCUACGAGGUGCGCUACAGCGCCGUGAGCCCCCACAGCACGGCAUGGGACCCCAGCAAGCAGCACACCGGGGAUCCCCGCACCCCUCUGAGCAGCAGCACCCACACACCCACGGCCGGGGGAGCCGCAGUCUCCCCGCAAGCAGGGCAGGACCUGGUGCUGACCAACACCUGGGUGGUUCUCCAGCACCUGCGGCCGGGGGUGAGGUACCACAUCCAGGUGCGCACCAAGCCCGACGGCACCUCCAUGGACGGUGUGUGGGGGCCCUGGUCGCAGGCGGUGGCUGCAGAGACACCCCACUCCUCUGGGGACAUCGGGCUGUGCUGCAGCACCCCUGACCUGCAGCACGUGCGCUGUGAGUGGAGCUGGGACCCCGCGGAGCACAGCAGCUCCCACGAGCUCUUCUACCAGGAGACUCCACGUGGGGCUGGCAUAAGGGAAGACAUGUGGCAGCGCUGCGAGGAGGCCAGCGUGGGGACGCAGGGAGCCCACUCCUGUACCUUCCAGCCCAGCAAUGCCAGUGCCAUCGCCGUCCUGCUGAACAUCACCCGGCCCCACGGGCUGCCCGGGCUCAGCUACUUCCAGGAUCCCUUCUGGCUGCACCAGGCCGUGCUGACGGAGGCCCCGCAGCUGGUGGAGGCGGCGGUGGCACAGGGCCAGCUGAGCCUGCAGUGGCUGCCGCCCCUGGAGCAGCUGGCGGAGCAGCUGGAUUACCAGGUCCGCUACACGGCCGGGAGCAGCCCGGACUGGAAGGUACCCCCAGCACGCAGCCCCGCGCCCCGCGGCAGCCGGGGGCCGGAGGCCCCGUCCCCAGCCGGGCUCAUCCCGCAGGUCCUGCAGGUCCCGCGGGCGGCCCGGGGACAAGUCCUGGACCUGCGGCCGGGCGCCCGCUACCGCGCCCAGGUGCGGGCCCGGCCCGUGGGGCCGCGGUACCGGGGCAGCUGGAGCGCCUGGUCCGAGCCCGUGGCGGUGGACGCCUCGCCCGACGCCGGUAAGGGCCGGGGCCGGGGGCCGGGGACCGGGGGCCGGGGGCGCGGCGGGGGCUGGGGGAGCGCCCGUCCCACGGCCGCCGCUCCCGGGGCAGGCUGGGUCGUGCCGAGCGCCACGCUGCUGCCGCUGGGGAUCGCGGGGGCGCUGCUGGGGCUGCGCUGCGCCUUCCCCGCGCUCUGCAGCACCGUGAAGCAGCGGCUGUGGCCGCCCGUCCCGGACCUGCAGCGCGCCCUGGGCAGCUUCCUGCACGACAGCGGCAAGCAGGGGCAGGCGCUGUACAAGCAGCCGGCGGAGGAGGCGGUGCUGCCCUGCCUGCUGGAGGUGCUGCCCGGCCCCGCGGCCGCCCUGACGCCGCCAGCGCCGGAGCCCACCGCCGGCCGGCCGCUGCCCCGCGCCGGGGCGCCCAGCACGGACAUCGCCAACCAGUCCUACCUGCUCGUCAGCGGCUGGGAGCCGCGCGGGCCGCCCUGAGCCGCCCCCUCCCCAUAAACCGCGACCAGCGCU